GCAUGAACUUCUCCAUCCCCGAUGAUCUGAAGCGAUUCCUUGCUAACCUCGACACUUUCAUUGAAGAGAACAUCAUUCCUCUCCAGAACAAAGACGACAAUAUCCGCUUCUUCGACCACCGCCGCGAGCACGCUCGAACCGACUGGGAUAAUGGCGGACUGCCGCGCAAAGAAUGGGAAGACCUGCUAGCCGAAUCGCGAAGACUAGCCGAUGAAGCUGGCUUUUAUAGGCUUUCACUGCCAAAGCAGUACGGUGGGCAGAACAGCGCCGACGGUCGGGGAAGCAAUCUCUGGAUGGCUGUCAUUCGAGAGCACCUUGCAGCCAAGGGACUGGGGCUAUUCAAUGACCUCCAGACCGAGCAUUCGAUGGUUGGAAAUUUCCCGGGCGUCAUUAUGCUCAUGAACUUUGGCAAUGAACAACAGAAGGCAGAAUUCAUACCGUUGCGACUGCAAGGCAAGUUCAGGAUGACCUUCGGCCUGACGGAACCUGGCCAUGGAUCAGAUGCGACACAUAUGGCUACCAAAGGAAGGCCGGAGACAAGGAACGGAGUCAAAGGCUGGCUGCUGAAUGGAUACAAGAAAUGGCAGACGGGUAUGCACCAAGCCACUCACUGCUCCAUUUUUGCGAGAACGUCGGGCAAUGAUGGCGAGGUCAAGGGCAUUUCUUGCUUUAUUGUGCCAGUCGGGACGUCUGGACUCAAAGCAGAAUCAUACGAGUGGACCUUGAACAUGCCCACCGACCAUGCAACCGUCUCAAUCAAGGAUGUGUGGGUUCCCGAAACUGCAGCCUUAGGACCUAUACAUAAUGGAUUGGGGGUCGCUCAAGCUUUUGUACACGAAAACCGCAUCCGGCAAGCUGCUUCGUCGCUCGGAGCGGCUGUAUAUUGUGUUCAACAGUCUGUCGAAUACGCCAAUGAACGCGCACCUUUUGGAACACCCCUUUCGCACAACCAGGGAAUUCAGUUUCCGCUCGUCGAGCUUGCCACUCAAUGUGAGAUGCUGCGCCAACUCAUACGGAAGACUGCGGUGGAAAUGGACUCGAUGCCACACAACGAGAUUGAAAAGAAGAUCGGAGACAAAGUGUCCAUGUGUAAUUAUUAUGCGAACAGGCUAUGCACUGAGGCAGCCGAUCGAGCGAUACAGGUUCAUGGCGGCAAUGGGUAUUCGAGGCAUUUUCCCUUCGAACACAUUUGGAGACACCACCGACGGUACAGGAUUACAGAGGGCAGUGAGGAGAUCCAGAUGCGUAAGGUGGCCGCUUAUCUGUUCGGCUUUGGCGGCCGGAAGAGCCUGGUUGAUGCGACAAAAUCUGAGUCGAAGUUGUAGUUACCUCGAUUAGGCAAAGGUAUCAUUGGUGUAGUCU